GGCUGCAAGCGUGUACAACGCCGAAGACUGUUCAGCAGCCGGCACGGCUCACAGUACUUCGAGGUCAGGGUCACGUUAGACAGCGGUCCGCAGCUUGUCCCGACUAAAGGCGAGGCCGCGCAGGCGCGUGUGGGCGAGGAGAUGGCUAAGGCGUUGGCCGACGUGCAGAGCAGGUCUACGACGACCAUUAAAGACGGUAAGAAAGACGAAGCCAAAAACUGCACAGUUUAA